GACACGACUUGAAUAUUCUUUUAAGAGCUUUCGGUUUCACACUUGCACUAAAGAGAGGACCAUGAGCGCGCGUCGAAUGAGGACACUAACAUCCAAGAAAGUUCCUUGUGUUGCCUACAUGCCGUUGUUCUGUAAACCAACAACGCAAUUUACAAUAACAUAGUGCGCAUCGGCCGCCGGCGUGACCAAUAAAAUAAAUCCUUUGAGCAGGGCGGAGGAGGCGUCAGAAAAUGUGUGACACCGAGCCGUACUUGAUGUAGACUAGUUUCAGGAACUGAAGAGAAGGGCGUGUGUUAUUAGUAAUCAACCAAGCAGAAAGUCCCACAGUCGAACUGACAGCGAGCGGCAUAGCAGGCAGACGAGGAAAGCAACUGAGGUGAACGGACGCGUUUUCCCUCAUACUGAGCAAGCACUUAGAUGGCAAUAUAUGAAGACUCCAUCUGAACAAACGGGAUUUUAACAUCGCUGUAAGUAGGCUAUAGCUUCAAGACUGUAUUUCACCACAGCUCUCCGCUCGGGAUUUUACAUAGCCUGGCUGUAAAAAUUCUACUGUAGCUGACUGUACCUCAUAUUUCAAGAGAUCAUCACGGACGCCGAGCCGGCUCGCUCAGUGCGUGGGUAAUGUAACUACGCGUAUUUCAUGUCACAAUUCAGCGGUCUGACUAAUCAGACAUCGAGGACCACUGAGUCAUUGGAUUUUUUCAUGCGAAGGUUAUUUCUCAUGCACCGGUGUUAGAAACUAUUUAUCGUAGUAGGCUGCCUGGGUUUUCCUGUCACGCAGCCUGAACGGAUUCGGAGUAAGGUGGUUAAUUCCUUGUAUCUGAGAUCAAGACCCUCCCCCUUAAAACUUUGUUGUCAGAAACUCCUGGCGCUCACACACAAUGCACAUGCGGGUCAACUACAGCCUCUGAUACCUGCUAAUCAGAUUAUGAGGAUUUGCCAAUACUGUGUCAAUGACGGGUAAAAUGGAAACACCCUUCUAUCACGAUGACACACCAAAUGUGCCAAACUUUGGGCAGAUGCCAGAGUACGAACGGUACCAGACCCACAAGAUGAUGAGCAAAAAGAACAUGGCUGCCCAUCAUUUCUCAGGCGCUAUGGGGAGCUCCUCGGGUCUGAAACUGCUUCAUGGUCAUCCGGGCAGCAAUGGCAACAUCAACCCAAACCACCUGGGGAUUAACAGUAACGCCAACGGCACUCUAAUGUCUCCCCAAGACAUGAACCUUCUCAAGCUCUCCUCGCCCGACCUGGAGCAGCUCAUCCUUCACUCUAACCAAGCUCCCAACGCCUCGGGGAACCCCUUCAUGUACCGCAACGCGGCCACCAACGAGCAGGAGGGCUUCGCCGACGGCUUCGUCAAGGCCCUGGCCGAGCUGCACAAGCAGAACCAGCUGGUCGGGGGGCCGAUGUCUCCAUCCUCGUCCCUCCAGGGCUCCUACCAGCGAAACCUCAUGGCAAGCGGGGACAUGCCCAUCUACACGAACCUGAGCAGCUACAACCCCAAUGCCCUGACCAUCUCGUCCUCGUAUCCCGGCGGCCAGAUCCCUUAUACGUCGGCGGGGCACGGCGGCCCCGGGCACAGCGGGCACGGCGGGCACAGCGGGCCGCCCCAGGGGCACCACCCACACGGCCGCGGCGGCAUGGACGCGCCCCAGACGGUGCCCGAGGUGCCCCACCCGCCCGGCGCCGACCCCACCAGCUCGCCGCCGUCGCUCUCGCCCAUCGACCUGGAGACGCAGGAGCGCAUCAAGGCGGAGCGCAAGAAGCUGCGCAACCGCAUCGCCGCCUCCAAGUGCCGCAAGCGGAAGCUGGAGCGCAUCUCGCGGCUGGAGGAGAAGGUGAAGGUGCUGAAGACGCAGAACUCUGACCUGGCCUCCACCGCCAGCAUCUUGCGCGAGCAGGUGGCCCAGCUCAAACAGAAAGUCAUGAAUCAUGUCACCAAUGGCUGCCAGAUAGCAGUCAGCUCUGCAAGCAUGGCCAAAAGUGGGGAGAGCACCAGCUGCUGAAAACAAUGGAGACAAGGUUUCUCUCUCUCUCUCUCACUCACUCUCGCUCUCUCUCGCUCUCUCUGUGUCUCUCUGUCACUCUAGCUGUCAUUCUCUCUCUCUCUCUUUUCUCUCCCUUUUAUUCUGCUGUCACUGUUUGAGUCAGGGCUGUGGAGAAAUGACAGUGUAAACAGUGAUUAGUGAUGGCAACCGAGGUGAACCUACUGAGAGGUGCAAGAGAGGGGGAAACCCCUUCUGUUCUGAUGCUGACGCCUCACUGACACGAAAAAGAAGAGAAGGAGAAAGAGAGGGAGAGAAGGAGAGAAGGAAGGGAGGGGAGGAGAGGGAGCUCAGAGGGACAUUUUAGGACACUUGACUCCUGGCUCCUCGCAAAUGAAUCAUUGGAAACACAGUAAAUACUCCUUGCAAUGUAGGAGCACUGCGGGAUUAUUAAGAGAUGGUAUGGUUCAAAGGGAAAUGUCCUAUACAAACACACACUUCACACACGCACACACACACACACACACACACACAAGCACACCUCCGAGAUAAGAGUGAGGACUGUGCUUUAUUGAAUGGCACUUUGCACUCGUUCAGGUUAGCUGACACAGGGGCACCGGAGCGACCGGCCAGGUUCACUGCAGCCCUGAAGAAUAUCAUAGCCAGACACACACACACACACACACACACACACACACACACACACACACACAUACACACACAGCCGGGCCUGCACCUCGUGAGUGACGCAGUCUUUUCAAACAUCAUGGAUUCACUGGGGGACAGAGAGAGUUGACUCAGAGUGGGGAUUCCUCACACACACACUCACAAAAAAAAAAAAAAAAUGAUCGCCCCCCCGAGGACCCUGAUGAGACUUUUUCAACCCCAGCUCACGAGUGAAUCAACCCACUCUCCGCAUCUCUGUGUCGGGGGGGGGGGGGGGGGGGGGGGGGGAUAUGAGAAGGGGAAAUGGCUGGGGUUUUUUUUUUGGUUGGUUUUUGAAACCCAAGUUUUCUUUCAUGUUCAGUUUUCUGGUCAGCUACGCAAUGAGUUGCAGGGUAAACGUGUGCUUAAUUACGUUUUGAAAUUAUAUGCACUAGAGUCGUGGAGUUGACUUUCAAGACAUUUCAAAGUGACCAGCAGCAGAAAAAGCUUGCGUGGGUGUUGUAAAAGAAACCUGAAGUUUUUUGCACCUAACGGAUGUUGCAACAGAAGCUUCAGGUAUUAGAACUUGGACAAAGUAUACCCACGUUAACCGAGUUAGUUGGCUGUGUCGUGAUGUAGUUACCAGUGCAGAUUCUUCUAUUUUGUCUAAGUCAUCAUGUCUCAACAAUCCAGUGGAGCAUAUUGUUAGUAUGUUUGUUUGUUUGUUUGUUUUACUAUUGUGCAAUUUGUGAAUAUUGACAAAAAAAAAAUACCUUUUUACGACAGAAGUGGAACUUUCAACUUUUUAAAUGUGUACUAAAUGACUAUGUUUAUUUUGAGAUUUAGAGUAGUUUUGAAAAAAGAGAGAGCAUAUUUAAACUAAAUAAAUCUGUACGGCCUGGACUUUAUAACUGUGCAACACCAGAGCACUAUCGAUGGUACUUUGACUUCUGGUUGAGCCUGAGUAAAAUGAUUCUGCAUUCCAAGACAAAGACCUUUUGCACUGUAUAUCCUCGUCAUUAAAGAUACACCUUUAAUAAUGUGUUAAUACAAUGCUUUUAUCAUGACGGCGUGUAUUAACCUCAAGCAACAGUGUGCUGGACUGCCACUUUAAGCCACAUCAGUUCUGUUUAUUUAAGUUUUUUUUGUGCUAAGAGGAAAGAAUACUGAGAUACAGAAAGGGAGAAUAUUAUCAUAUUAAGAAUCACGUUUUGGGUUACAACAAGAAAGCCAGUCUGAAAAAAAAAUUGAAAAGGGCUUUUCAAGUAAUAGUAUUUUCUUUUUUUCUUUAUUUUGUUUUGUUUUGCAUUGUCUGGUUUUUAUAAGAUUUUUCAAAGGCAAUUUAUUUAUGCAAAAAUUAUCUAUACUAUUUAUGUCGUUUGUGUAAAGGAACUGUACAGGUUGAAUUACCAGUGUCUUGUUGACACUCUGUUGGGACUUAUAUUGCACAUAAAUCAUAACAUUAAAUGAUGUCUGAUAUUUAACACAAAUCUCUCACAUGAAAUGUAUACAACAGUAUACAACCUACUCGUUUUGAAAACUACUUGGUAUUUUUUAUUUUUUUUGUGGAUUCCUGAAAAAUAAAACUCAAGAUUGUCUCUAUGAAACUUAAAUCAGAUUAUCCAUCUUCAGAUCCUUGGCAGUGUGUCAGUUUAAACAUUGGCUACCGUGCUGUAACAUGGCUAACGUUGCAUUUCAGUUAAAGAUUGUGCAAAGGGAGAGCUUGCUUUUUCAGAUAUUACUGAUGGCUUCAAUAAUCUGAGCAGAUCUUUACAGUCUUUACAUAACAUUCUUUGUGCACUGAAUUGCUAAUGCCUUUCAUAUACAAUACAGAGAUAUAGAUCAAGUAUUUAUAUUAUAUAUAUAUAUAUAGCUAUAUUCUUAUCAAUCUGGAGGGAAUUCAUGGAAAUUGUUAUAGUAGAUUACAGAAUUUUGAGUGUCAAGGAAAUAUUUAUUUUUAAAACUUGAAAAAGGCUUUUAAAUGCCAAAAGCAGUUAUAUUUUUGUACAAUUUUUUGAUUUGAAGUUUUCAUUUUUGAGAUACAAAAGUGCAUCAGUGAGCUCUAGAGCGCUGUGUUUGUUCUAGACUGCACUAUUUAUUGCAUUGCAUUUGGAGAGCUGUCAUUGAUAGUGUCAACUUAAGUGUGCUUUUAGCAGAUUUUUAUUGCAUUUGUGUGCCCCUCCCCCCACUUGAAUGGUGAUUGACUACAGUCUUAAGCCUCAAUGCUACAUCUCUGAGGUUUGACAGUAUUUUAGUGUGUAUUCAUUGCUGUUUUUUUUUUUUUUUACGUGAAUGCAUACUGUACAUACAGUUGUUUUUCCUGAGGAUUUUUUUUUAAAUUCUGUGCUGUGGUUGUGUCAGUAUGAUAUUAUUUAUCAAAGGUCUGGGGAUGCAUCAGGUUAGGAUAACGCCAUGCAUAGAAGACAAUGUAACUUUUUCAAUGGACUCCCUGGGAUGAGACUGGAUCUAAGGAGUAGAGUCACUGCCGUGUGAGGUCUCAGAAAAUCUGUGUGUGUGUGUUUUAGGAGAGUCGAGGAGCAGGGUUUCCCGAAACUACAUUCAUUACAACAACACAAAAAAAUGUAAGCUUAUCGAGAAGCAAGUGAGAUGUCAAUCUGAAUUUGAAAUGGCAGGUCUGACAGAAGAUCUGUUUUCUUAGCGUAUUGAUCUGAGCGUUGAUUCAGAUGAACCGGUGAGCUGUGCUGUGUUUACAAAAGAAUGCACAAAACCAUAGUGGGAAAAGGAUAGCUACUCUUUUCCAAAGCCAUUCCCAAGAGUGGGAAAAAAGGAGAUGAUAAUGACAUUACUGAAUAAUGUUUACUUUGUGAUAACAAUAAUAAAAUGUCUGGCCAUUGUGAUUUAUUCCGUAAAGACCAUUGGAUUUUCUGACUCUACCAUUUCAAGGAAACUCAAUGUGAGACGACUGAGCUGCCAUUUGAAUACAUUAAGCAGUCCAGCAGUCUGACUAAAGGGCGACUUGCCUUGCUUUUUUUAUUGUUCUGAUUCUUAAUAAUAUGAGAUCUUGGGGAAAAUGCACAUUGUCGAUUUGAUUUAUUAAAAAUAAAAGGAUCAGGUUCCUGAACCAA